AUGAGAUUUGAUAACCAUUUGGAUCUUGAUUCAGGGUGGCGCAGGAGGAGAAACGGUUGUCUUCCGCGUGAGUCUCUUUUAAAUCUCCCCUCGGGGCCAUCGAGAAGACAAUCUCUCUCUCUCUCUCUCUCUCUCUCUCUCUCAGGGGGUCUUCGAGGAAGGGAGGAGGAAGAUGGUGAUGGCCUUUGUGUUGGCGGCCAUUAUAAUUGCCUGCAGCCUCCUCAACUUCGUCCUUCACUUCUCCGCAACGAAGCCCUCCAUCGCUUGGCUCUCCUCCCUCUUCACCAUUCAAUCCCUCCCUUCCCCGCCCCCAACCAAGGUUCCGCAUCGCCAGUGCCACAGUCUCCGGAAGGUUACCGAAGGGACGCGGACCUCCGGCGGGUGUUCGCGAUUUUCGACCACAACAAUGACGGGUUCAUCACCCGAGAAGAGCUGAAGGAGUCGAUGGAGAAUGUCGGCCUCUUUUUAUCCGACGAGGAACUGGAGUCCAUGGUCCGGAAUUUGGACGCCGAUGGAGACGGCUGCCUCGACCUCGAAGAGUUCUGCGUGCUCUACGAGUCGAUGACCGGCGGCGGCAAGGGAGGAACCGGGGAUGAGGAGAGCAAGGGAGUUGGAGAGGCGACGAUGGUGGUGGGAGAUGACGAGUUGAAGGAGGCAUUUGAUGUUUUUGAUGUGAAUGGAGAUGGGUUUAUCUCUGUGGAGGAGUUGUCUUUGGUGUUGGGGUCCCUGAGGCUGAAAAAUGGGUGGAGAGAAUGCAAGGAGAUGAUCCAGAAGGUGGAUUUGGACGGAGAUGGGAGGGUCAAUUUCCAGGAGUUUCAGAAGAUGAUGAAGGCAGGCGGCUUCACGUCUCUCUGUUAAUCAUAGUUGAACCAUGGUGCUCUGUUUUUCCCUUUCCCAAUCUUCUCCUGUAAAUAUAGGUGCAUGACAGGCUCUUCGACUGAAAGAAAAGUUUACAUUUGAGAGAUAGACAUACUCUUUUGGAACUCGAGAGAUUCUUCUAUUACUUUUUUUCUUUGGGUUUUUUAAUGCUUUGUCACAAAUCUGAACGUGGUAUGAUUCUCAUUGUUUUC